UAUGUGGAACAAGUUUAUAGCUGCCUCUAUGGUGACAGACUUAAUGCAAGAGAACGACAAAGCUCGUUCCGGAGUAUGAUCUGGCCGAUCUGGAUCCAAAUUAUAGCUGAAAUAGAUAUUCUUCUGCGCGAGAAGGUAGUUUUAACCAUGUGUUGUGAAGGUCGCAUCCUAAAACGCAUGUUCUAGCCUCUCUCCAUGAGGUAGCUACCAAGGUAUGGCAGAAAGUGAUUGGAAGUCUCAUUAGGACCGUCUGUUUCGUCACAAAAAUGCACAGGUGUCUCUUUUCUAGGAUAGGCAGCCACAUUCUAUGACACCAGCUUCACCAUACCGGAGUCGAUCGAACAUAAGUGGUAGAAUGGUUUCCCUCGGCUAUUUGCACGUUUUCCUGAUACCUUUACUGUUAUCAGUGACCUGUGCCAUCAGUCAUAGCACUAUUAACACAGCUGGAGUUGUGAUAAACACAAAGCUAGGUCAACUACGGGGAAAGACAGUUACAGCAAACGACGGCAGUGACGUCACUCAGUUCUUGGGUGUGCCGCUCGCAAAACCCCCGCUCGAGGCGCUACGGUUUGAACCUCCCAAGAAAGUAGAUUGCUGGGCCGGUGUACUGGACGCAACGGAAUUCGGACCAAUGUGCAUGCAGGACUUGAGUCCCAUGUUUGAUGUAGUCUACACGAAAGAGUACAUUAAGGGGCGCUUCCCACAUAACAGAACAAGUGAAGACUGCCUUAGCCUCAAUAUUUUUAUUCCAGGUCACGUGACAGAAAUUACCCAAUCCCUUCCGGUCUUGGUUUACGUUCAUGGCGGUGCGUAUGAAUGGGGUACAGGGAUGAAUUUUGACGGUUCCAUGUUAGCUUCUCUUGGUAACGUAAUCGUUGUAACUUUCAACUAUCGCCUAGGGCUGUUCGGAUUUUUCACGACAGGUGUCGCUGAGAGACCAGGAAACAUGGCUCUUCUUGACCAGGUGGCGGCACUGGAGUGGGUCAGAGAAAAUAUCGAAACUUUUGGAGGUGAUCCCUCUUCGGUGACGCUCUUCGGAAAUUCAGCGGGUGGAGCGUCAAUAUCUCUUCUAGCUCUAAGUUCACUGUCCAGGGGAUUAUUUAAUAGGGCUAUUUUGCAAAGCGGGGCUUAUCAGCUGGAUUUGAAUGCCGCGCCAAAUCUCCCAUUGUCCUCGGAUUCGGUGGUACACCAUAGUAUAGAGAUUGCCCGGAUGUUAUGUGCUGAUAGCAAGCGCCGUCUUACCGAGUGCAUGAAACGUAAAUCUGUCGCUGAGCUUCAACGUGCGUAUCACGAGUACAAAGAACAAAAUUUUGGCCCCAUAGUGGCACCGCGCGUGGACGGGCACUUUCUGAAAAAAGAAGACUUUAAUCCGGAACAUUUGAGUGGUUUGCCGAUCAUGCUUGGAAUCGUUAAAGAUGAGAGUACCCUUUUUCUUGGCCUCAUUGGCCAACUAAAUAAGAUGGUAGACCUUCCGACCAUAGAGGCGUAUGUCAAAACACAGUUUCCUGUCAACGUAAACCACAUUCAUGAAGUAAUUUUAUUUGAAUAUUUAGGUGGAUUACAACACACCUCAGCGAAAUUACGUCGCGCGUAUAUCGAUAUACUAAACGAUUACUUUACACUUAGUAGCCACAUCAACUACACCGACGUCGCCUCUGGAGUUACGAACACGUAUUUCUAUUAUAUCAACCACAGACCGUCAUUUUCCCAUUGGCCAAAUUUUUCGGGAGCGACUCACAUGGACGAGUUGUACUUUGUUUUUGGCGAUGUCAUGGAUACAGAUUUGUUUGGGGACAUAAAGCCGAGUGAAGCCGAAAAGAUACUAAGCAAACAAAUGAUGGAUGCAUGGACAACUUUUGCACGGGAAGGAACCCCUACCAAGACAGGCGGAUGGCCUCCGUACAACGUGACAGACAGGUCAUAUCUGGAGUGGGAGACCAAUGGGAGUAAAGUCGAGAAAGAUUUAAGAUGUCGGCAGCGGCAGUUUUGGCUGGACCUGGUGUUUAAGACCCUCAUAAACUCGGACAAUAAGUGAAGUGCUUUUUCCUCCCCCAACCCCCAACAAAAAUAAUAAUUAAUUAUUAUUAAUUUAGAAAACAAAAUAAUAUUGUAAAAACAAACAAGAAUAUUCUUCAUACCUAGAAUCACACAAGGGCAUUAUCAUACAGGGUUCUGGAGUCACCAUUGAUCUGUUUUGUCAUUGUGGAACAUUGUCCCUAGAUGUGGGAGACAAGUAAUUGUACAAAAUCUCU